AUGCAUCAUUAUAAAACAACACUCACCGUGGUUUUGGCGGUCUCCUGCAUGUUGGUGGCAGUGAAUUGUCUUACAAUACAAGAACUUCGAGCUCAAAUUGCACAACAGCGCAUUCAACAGCGAUACGGCAUUACUACUACGACUGAACCCACUACCACUACGAGUAGUAGCUCCAAUUCGAGUACAACUGCUUCGGAAAGUAGUACCAGCAGUGCGGCAACUACCUCCACCGUGGAGUCAACGACGCAAAGUGCUACCAGUACCACAGAGUCUACGACGCAAAGUGAAUCUUCUACCAGCAGCACUGAUGCGGAAGCGACUUCUACUAGCGAAUCUACAACCUCCGGAUCAUCAAGCACCGGUACAACGAGUGUUGAGGAUGGGCUAAUAGCUCAAUACCGUGAUCAAGUGCGACAGCAAGCUAUUCAGCGUGCAUUGGCAAGGGCAAGUGCAUUGGGGUAA